AAAAUCUAACAUUUUGAAAGUAUUAAAUAUAUUUUACUGUGACACAUGGUUAAAAGGCAAUAGAAAGUGAUCGGAAAUACGUAUUUGCCCCUCAUUCAUUCAUUCAUUCAUUCAUUCAUUCAUUCAUUCAACAUUAAUAAUAGGUAGAACCCAAGAUGGCUGAAAUGAAGUUUUUUGUAACUUAAUAUUUUUGGUCAUUUCUUUUGUCAGAAUUGCUCAAGAUCUGCAGAUUGGAUAGAGGACAUUGGUAAACAUCAGUCUUCACAUCUUGCCUGUCUUAACAUGCUCAUUUAUGCCGUUAAGCAGACGCUCUUAACCAGACUACCUUAGAUUUAUCUUUCUUAAUGCAUCUGAGCAUUUAAGGGCCUUCAUCAAGGGCCCAGCAGUGGCAGAUUGGCUAUCCUGGGAUUAUGACUGGUGCCCAAUCCUGUGUAGCUUUGGUGGUACACUCUGAAACUAGCUUCACCAGAUCUAAUUUAUCUGUUGGCUCAAUGGGAGGGAAUAUUUAUAUAAUCACAACUGUAAAUUAUAUCGGUUUCCUCCAAUAUUAUGGGCUAUUUUUAUCCAUAUAUUCCUAACAUCUGACAUUCUUUUUUCAGUUCCAGACUGAAAGACUGCAAAAUGUAUUCAAGGCACUGUACAGUAUGGAGUGUGAUGACUCCCUUUGUCUCUCUUUGCUAAGACUCCAUUCUUGUCUGUGGCUUUGGGAGGGCAGUUAGCGCCGAUCCUGUACCAGCUGCUGGAUUCUGGACUCUCGCUAUGGUGCGGUGGGGAUUGCCUUUUUAGGAGACACCUGAUCACAGCAACACAAAGAAGGCUUGGUGAUAAGAGCCUGCUGGUUUUGUGUGUGUGUGUGUGUGUGAGUGAGAGAGAGAGAGAGAGAGAGAGAGAGAGAGAGAGAGAGAAAGAAAGAGAGGGAGAGAUGAAUCGGGGCCUUGUGAUUUGGAACAGUGACCGGAAGGGGGCAGAGGUAGGGGUAUUUUCUAGUUUUUGGUCAAGCUGUACUCUGUAGAGCUGUUGGACACUGAGGUAGUGAAGCCCAAUCUGAAACGCUAAUCCUGUUAAAGGUAGGCAUUGCAGUCUCUUGUAGUGUCCCGUCUAACAUAUAGCCAGGAACGCUAGCUACUACUUGUGCCUGUGUUUUUUUUUGGGGUUUGAAAAGGUGCUUGAUGGAGAAAUUCCAGGCUGCAAUGCUCCUGAGUGCAGUGGGAGACUCUUUGGGAUACCGCAAAGGCCGGUGGGAAAGCUGCAUGUCAGGGUGUCAGAUACAGAAAGAGCUCUCCGAUCUCGGAGGACUGACAGCCCUGAAACUAGAUCCAGAAAACUGGCCUUUGAGUGAUGGAGCUCUGAUGCACAUGACCACAGCAGAGGCCCUUAUUUCAGAUUACUGGGGUCUGGAAGACUUGUACAGAGAGGUUGUGCGGCUCUUUGUGGCAGCCACGGUGUCCCUUCAAGGUCGAACUCCUGAUCCGAGCACGGUCGAAGCUUGUUCCUUCCUCAAACCUGACAACUACCUGCUGGCCUGGCACACACCGUUUAAUGAAAAAGGUUCUGGUUUUGGAGCCGCUACAAAGACUAUGUGUGUGGGUAUGCGCUACUGGCAGCCUGAAAGACUGGAAACUUUAGUGGAAGUGAGCAUCGAAAUAGGCCGGAUGACCCACAACCACCCUAUAGGGUUUUUGGGAUCUCUUUGUACUGCCCUGUUUGCCUCAUAUGCCAUCCAAGGCAAGCCGGUAGUGACCUGGGGCCGUGAUCUCAUGAAGGUGAUCCCAAAGGCUGAAGAUUACUGCAGGAAGACGAUACGCCACAUGGCAGAGUACCAGGAGAAAUGGUUUUACUUUGAAGCCAAGUGGCAGUUCUAUUUGCAGGAGAGAGAGAUCGAGGAGGAGGGACAGAACAAGCCUCUUUUUCCUAAUACGUAUAGCGCGGAUGAGACGGAUAAGGUUUACAAGAGCUGGAGCUCAGAAGGACGAGGAGGACACAGGGGCCACGAUGCACCUAUGAUCGCUUACGAUGCUCUGCUGGCUGCAGGCUCAGACUGGAGCGAGCUCUGCAAACGGGCCAUGUUUCAUGGAGGAGAGAGCAGUGCUACAGGUCUGAUUGCUGGCUGUCUGUAUGGCUUGAUUUACGGAUUGAACCAAGUGCCACCAGGACUGUACCAAAACCUGGAAAAGAGGGAGAAACUCGAAGAGCUUGGAUCCAAACUGUAUCACACGGCAUCUGCAGAAAAGUAUAUGGAGAAAUAACACUCAGCUACUCACCUCCUUGUUCACACAGGAAGAUCACACGAUUCCCGAGCUGCACAACUACACCCUUCUACUGUACCUCCUUUCAUCAUAUAACCAUAUAAGCUAUUUUCGUCUAAGAACAUAUGCAAAUGAAUUAAACCUAUUUUUAAAAGGUUUUGCUUUUUCAAUGCCAAAGUAUGUGUAACUUACGUCAACAAAAACUUUUGACUAUUUGCCCCAAGAGACGUUUAUGUAGUUUGCCCAGGAGUAUUGAUUGAUUUUGUCUAGUAAAAUUUUUGCAAAAUGUACUGUGUUUGUUAUGGUGCAUGUACAGUAUAUGUAUGUAAAGGAAAAGCCCUUAAACAGA